AUGGCUACACUUAGCUCUGCGGAAGUCCCACUAGUCCCAGUGACGGUGCUCACCGGCUUCCUGGGAAGCGGCAAGACCACCCUGCUCAACCACAUCCUCACCGCAAAGCACGGCAAGAAGAUCGCCGUCAUCGAGAAUGAGUUCGGCGACGUUGGCAUUGAUGACAUGCUGCUUCAGAAGAACACGAAGAUGCAGUCGGACGAGGAGAUCAUCGAGAUGAUGAACGGCUGCAUCUGCUGCACCGUCCGGCAGGAGCGGACCGUCGACCUGAUCGUCGUGCUCGAGAAGCUCGCCAAGCGCGUCAAGGCCGGCACGCUCAAGCUCGACGGCGUCAUCAUCGAGACAACAGGCAUGGCCGACCCGGCGCCCGUCGCCCAGACCUUCUUCGUCGACGACAUGGUCAAGGCCUCCUUCAAGCUCGACGGGAUCGUCACCCUCGUCGACGCGAAGCACGUCGAGCAGCACCUCGACGAGGAGAAGCCCGAGGGCGCCGAGAACGAGGCGGUCGAGCAGGUCGCCUUUGCGGACCGGAUCCUGCUCAACAAGACGGACCUCGUCUCGGAGGAGGACCUGCUCCGCGUCGAGAAGCGGCUCAAGUCGAUCAACUCGCAGGCGCCCGUCCAGCGCUGCACCAAGGCGGAGGUGUCGCCCGACUGGGUCCUCGACAUCGGCGCCUUCGACCUGAAGCGCGUCAUCGAGAUGGACCCCGAGUUCCUCAACACCGACGGCGAGCACGAGCACGACACGUCUGUGAGCAGCGUCGCCAUCACCGAGAAUGUGCCGCUCGACUUUGGGCUCGUCCAGGACUGGAUCGGAGGCCUGCUGCAGAACAAGGGCGCGUGGCCCGGCCGGAGGCGGGCGUGCGGCGCGGCCAGGUGCGGUGGGACCGACCUCUACCGGAUGAAGGGCGUGCUCAACGUGCAGCACGCGACGCAAAAGUUCGUCUACCACGCGGUGCACAUGAUCUUCAACGGCGAGUUCGAGGACUGGGAGCCGGACGAGCCCCGCGAGACGAAGCUGGUCUUCAUCGGCAAGAACAUCGACGCCGCCGCCCUCAAGGCGGACUUUGCAGCUUGCGUCGCGUCCGAGGAGAACUUGGCGAAGAAGCGCGACGCGCUCCGCUUCAAGGCUGGCGCCGCACCAGAGAUCCUCUCAGAUCCACCCCAGAGAGUUGGCGACCGGGUGGAGUGCAGCAUGGCCGGCGGCAUGCGCCAGGCGGGCGAGGUUGUGCAGCUCCUGUGGCGCGACGAGGAGAUGGAGCAGGGCCAGGUCUGCCCGUACAAGGUCAAGCUCGACGAGGGCGGCGUCACCUGGGCGCCCGUCGACGAGGACGACUGCAUCCGCAGGGAGGAGGCGGGCGGCAGCUCGAAGAAGCAAAAGACAGCGACGGCGUAGGUUUGCUCGGCACUGGCCCUGGCCCUCCCCGCGCCCCGCUCCUGCGAAGCGCCGCGCGGUGUCUUGCGCCGGGACCGACCGAUGCCCUAGGGCGCCAGAGCAGUGCGUGCAGGGAGACCGUGCUAAACACGCGCUCCUUCAGCUCUCGUGCGAUGCCAUGACGGGCCGACUACCGGCCUGGCUGGGCUCUUAGAGGUUUUUGUCAUAU